CGUAGGCGCAGGCAGGCUGGCGCAUUCACGUCGCGAACAUUUUGUGGAACGGAUUAGUGGCUAGCGUUCCGUGAAAACCAGGCUUCACAUUGGCAAAGAGUUGGCCAAAUUUAUGCAAUAGAUAUAAAGAACUCGUUUGGAUUUACAUAAGCGAACUGCAUAGGCACGAGGGUCAGCGUACUUAGUUCGCUCCAGGUUUUAGUGGUCUUCGCCGCUCGCGCGGUUCGAUCGAAAGUGUUAGUAUGUGUGACAGGAGAUAUGUUUUGGUUUUCGUUCUGGUGUCAGCGGCGUCUUUCGUCAGCGACUGCACCGCGAAGUUUGCACCUGACUUCAUCAGACCCUGCAAUAACACAGAGCCAGCAUGUCUAAUAAAAGCGACUCAGGAUGCAAUACCGCAGUUCACCAAAGGUCUACCGGACUUAGGAGUGCCACCAUUGGAUCCCUUCGUCAUCGAUGAGCUGCCCAUACAGCUGCCUGGUAUCAAAGUCACGUUUUACAAUGGGAAAGCUACUGGACUAAGAAAAUGUCAAGUUUUGAAUGUCGAAGCCUACCUAGAGAAGAAUAUAUUCAAUUUGGAUGUCCGAUGCAACAUAACAAUCAAGGGCAAAUACACGGCAGUUGGAAGGUUACUGCUGUUCCCGAUCAACGGUGAAGGCGACUCUAAAAUCAAAAUAGUGAACUCAAUCAUUAAACUGCACAUCAACACGAAGUACUUCAAGGACGCUGACGGUCGUGAUCACUUCGGGAUCAAGAACUACAAGUACACGUUCGAUUACGGCGAGAGAAUCAUUUAUACGAUCAACAACCUCUUUAAAGGCAACCCUGAAUUAAGUAACACAGUACUACAGUUCCUGAACGAAAAUUGGAGAAUAGUCACAGAAGAAUUCGGACAACCGGUCGUCGAUUACGCUCUGAAUGUCACUGUCACUACGGCGAAAAAAUUCUUUGACGCUGUACCAUAUGAUGAAUUGCUUUAUGUGCCUAUACCUAAGUAUUAAAUCGAGG